AUCCAGAGCAUCCUGGCCACCGUGCCGCCGGCCGAGCGGCAAGAGGCCACGCUGGUGGUGGGGGGCGACGGCCGCUUCUACAUGAAGGACGCCAUCCAGAUCAUCGUCCGCAUCGCCGCCGCCAACGGGGUACGCGGGGCUGGGGCUGGGGCGGCUCUCGGCGUGGCCUCGGGCCUGCGGGGCAGGAAAUGCCGGUGACAGCGUUACCUGUGGCUUCGUGAGUCUUUGGUACGCGCGGGUGGACAGUGGCAGGCCGAGGGGGAUGGCUUCGGACAGAAGGAGGUCAGAUGUGGGGACGGAGUCCUUGGCUCAGAGGGUGAGGAGGCUCCAGCACUGCUGCCCAGAGCUGUGGGUGCUCUAUCCCUGGAGGUGCCCGAGGCUGUGGAUGUGCCCUGGGCAGCCGGAGCUGGUGGGGGCACCCAGCCCACAGCAGGGGGGAACUGGAUAGGCUUUAAGUUCCUGUCCAACCCAACCAUUGUAUGAUCUGUGAGCGUAGAGGUUGGAAAGGCUCUGUCUUGGUGCUCUUUCUUACUGUGGGCUAGAGCUGUGUUUCAUAUCCAGCAGCAUACACCAGUGGUGAGAUGUGCUGGGUGGGCAGUGGGGUGCCCUCCCGGUGUUGCUGAGACCACAGGCCCAUCGGUUCACCUGCUGCAGUGCUUGGUCAGCCUGAGACUAGCCCAGAAGGGACAGCUGGGUUAGAGAGCGAGGCCUUUCCUUCCCCUUGGCCUUUUGCAAGUAGAGAAUGCCAUCCUCUCCUGGGCCACCUGGCUCCUGCUUGUCAGCCACAGGCUUCCCUCGCAGGCGAGCAGAGGAUGCUGAGUGGUUAGGGUCAGGUAUUAGGGUGGAACCUAACAGUUACCUGCUUCAAUUUCCCAGCGAUAAUCAGAUCUGUAAUUAUUAGGCUGAAGGAGAGCAAGACAAAAUGUGAGAUCACUGCUUCCAUAUAGCACAAAGAAGCAGAUAACUGCCUUUUUGGACUGCGUAGACAUUUGCUUUCAGUGAUGCACAGUGACUGGUCACUGUUAGGCGUGUGUCCCAUGUCCCUGAGCACCAGCCUUGCCGGGUGCACCUGUGAGUGAUGGAUGCUACAGCCUUUCCUUUUGGGAAAGGCACAGCCACAGUUUUAUUUAUUUAUUCUAAGGAGAGUUGGAGCUGAAACGUGCAGCCUGACAGCACCUUGGAUGCCUAUGAAUAAGCUGACUGGGAGGUUUGUUCGCUGGGACAAAGCCUUGGUUUGUUUAGCUCUGGUGGGCUGUGGCAGCCUUCCAGGCAGUUCUGCACUCUGCACCUCAGUCCCAGCAGCAAGAAAGGGGCUGAAGGUGCGCUGGGCUGGAACUGAGUGCUGUUUACUCAGAGCCCUCUGCUUGCAUCAUGCUGGUGCUCAUGUAUGUGCAGCAUCACAGCACUGAGCUCUUCAGAGCAGUUCCUGGGGCCUCCUGUCUGGUGGGCAUUUGCCUUGCAGUGUUUUGACCAAAUUGAUUCAGAGUGCUGGGGGAGAAUUGGCUCUAAAGAGAGGAAAAACCUUCUGGAAAGGCAAGAUGGGAAACAGGAAGGAGAGAGAGAAAAGAGUGGAUAAAUAUUUGGGUCGAGAGCCAAGAUGCCAGUGUAUGGAGUGAGAAAUUUUACUUGACAAGCUUUUCAUUCUGAAUCAUUAAUUUAUAAAGCAGGCAAGUGGCUGUGGCCCUGGCCUAGGAUGUUAAGCUUUUUCAAGCAAAAAUUAAGUGAUAGGAUGAGAGGUGAUGGCCUCACAUUGUGCCAUGGGAGAGUCGGAUUGAAUGUUAGGAGAAAUCCGUUCUCCAAAGAGCGCUCAGCAGUGCACAGCUGCCCAGGGGUGGGGGAUCACCAUCCCUGGGGGUGUUCCAGAGCUGUGGGGAUGUGGCACUGAGGGAUGUGGGCAGUGGGGAUGGAGUGGGGUCAGGCUUGGUGACUUUACAGAGCUUUUCCAACUGUAGUGAUUCCCUGAUUCUCUACUAGCCAACUCCUGAUGCAGGUUCUUUCUGCCCUUGUGACAGAACAGAGAGAGUGGCAUGGACUGUUUAAUGAAUUUAUAGUAGAUGUAAAUCUGAAUUAGUAACCAGGAGGAGGUACCAUGACCUGCUCUCCAAAAUGCAGAGCCCAAAGAAGCUCAAUACAGUUGCUGGCUGGGCAUGAAUUGCAUGGGCCUUAGUAAAACACGGCUGUUGCCUUGCCAAACGUAAGAAUGGGAGAACCAGCAGGUCCCAAGAAAUGAGGUGGAUGGAGAGUUUCUUUAUUAAAUGCAAAAUGUCCAUUUUUACAUUUUUAAUAAGUUCCUAUGUAUUUGCUGUCCUGUUUUGGAAUAACUGGGGGAUGCUUGCUUCCUAGUUUCUCUCUAAUUAGGAAUGCUGGUUCCCUGAUAGCUACCGCAGUGCAGUUGAGUACAAGCCUAUGAAUUUCCUCUUUCAUCAGAAUAAAUGUGAAGUAGCUGGAGGUCAGCCACCCUUCCAAGAGAACAGUGAGCUAUUCUGUGUAAGAAACUCAGAGUUCUCAGGAACCUGCUGCCACCUGUGUGCAGUGUGCUUUCUUGCACAGCGGUAGCUCAGCCUUCUCUCUGGGCCUGGGGGAGUCUCUGAUGCCAGCAGCCAGGUCUCAGUGCAAGGCUCAGGCAUCUUGUGGUGAGAAAUAGUGAGCCAUGUAGAGAAAAUGCCACAGGUCGCUGUGCUGCACUGCUUUGUCUGCAGGGAGUAAAGAAAUAAUGAAGAUAAAUCUGGGCUUACUGCCCUUUCUAACAGCUUUUCUGCUUGCUUUUGAUCACCAAGGUGUAUUGUAUGGGGAUGCAUGUGCUUGUCUCAGCAGCCAACCCACCACUUGUGCCAAAGUAAGUGCUGGACAACAGGAUUUCUGGUCCUAGGGGAGAAAGGGGUGAUGGCAUCAGUGCUUUAAGAUCUGGUGGAGUGGUUCUUCAGGUGCCACAGGAGAAACCCAAGGACCACAGUUUAUGGUUGUUAGCUUCACAAAAUAAAGGGUAAGGAUUCUGAAGAGAGUUCCAGUUUUGUCUCCACCUCGAACAGUUAGCGUUCACCUAAAUGCUGGUGUUGGAAUAGCAACAACUCAGUUUGCACUUCUGUGGUUAAGAAGUGUUUAUCCUAUUUAUAAGGUUGCAUUUAUAAAAGUAAACUAACAUAGACACUGUUGGUUUUGCCAUUCUCAGUUGGCAUCCAGCGUAGCCUCCUGCUUUGUUUUGGUCUGUCGUGCCAGGUUUCCUUUGUGUUAUUCCCACUUAGUAAGCCUAACUCCUUAAUUACAUGAAUAAAGCUUAAAACCUCUUUUUGUCAUCACCUGUCAGAGUUGAACUGGGGCUGUACUAUAGCUUUAAGCGAAAAGUGUGCACAAGUUACAGAACUGAGGUUGUAAAUCUCGAUCAGAUCACGUACCCAACAGCGGGGCGGUUCACUAAUGUUGUCACCUGCUCCUUAACAAGUUUAUUGUGCCCCAGUUCCUUUGCAAACUGAGAGAUUUUGCAGUGCUGCAAAUUGCUUGGAGGUGUUUCGAAUGCCAGGCGCUGCUUUGCAUGCUAAACUCUAACCUGGAUUUGUUUCACUGCUGCAGGAUAAACAGUGCUCUACUAGAAAUACUGCUCUCUACCCUGCAAAGUUUGGUUUCCUGGCUUGGCUGCUAUUAAGCUUUUCCCCGGUCAAUUAUCCCAGGGAAACCAAGUGUUUGAAUUCUGUUGCACUGCUCAGCAGCUCUUUAUUUGCUUAAUUUGGCAGCUCUGCUUCAUUAUCUUUGUGUUCUGCCACGGUUCCCUUUCUGACGCUGCAGCCCCCAUCUCACUCUCGCUCCUUUCUCCUACCUGGAUUUUAAAUUGAAGGCUAUUAAGGCAGUGACGAGGCUGUCUGAGCUCAGUGCCUUUUUGGAAUUUUAAACUAGAAUAAUAACUCCAGAAACUCCAGCUGAAGGGAAGAGCUACGGUGCUUUGAGUUAAUCUUUGCAAAUCCUGCAGACAGAGAGUUGAAAUCCAUACUAACAGGGGCUUAACCGUAAUCUCCUGGAACAAUGGCUAAAAGCAGACACCUUGGCUCUGGCUGUGCUGAUUGGCCGCUUGGUCAUCGGGCAGAACGGCAUUCUCUCCACCCCAGCAGUGUCCUGCAUCAUCAGGAAAAUCAAAGCCAUCGGCGGCAUCAUUCUGACGGCCAGCCACAACCCUGGUGGGCCCAAUGGAGAUUUUGGGAUUAAAUUCAAUACAGCCAAUGGAGGUCCUGCUCCAGAAGGUAUCACGGACAAAAUUUUCCAAAUUAGCAAAAAAAUUGAAGAGUAUGCAAUCUGCCCAGAUCUCAAGGUGGACCUGGGUACCAUUGGAAAACAGCAGUUUGAUUUGGAGAACAAAUUUAAACCCUUUACAGUGGAAAUUGUGGACUCUGUAGAAGCUUAUGCAAAUAUGCUGAGGAACAUCUUUGACUUCAAUGCAUUAAAGGAACUGCUUUCAGGGAAAAACCACCUCAAGAUUCGCAUCGAUGCAAUGCAUGGAGUUGUGGGCCCUUAUGUGAAGAAGAUCCUGUGUGAGGAGCUGGGGGCACCAGCAAACUCUGCUGUGAACUGCACCCCUCUGGAGGACUUCGGUGGCCACCAUCCCGACCCCAACCUGACCUAUGCUGCUGAUCUGGUCCAGACCAUGAAGACAGGAGAGUACGACUUUGGAGCUGCCUUUGAUGGAGAUGGGGACCGCAACAUGAUUCUUGGGAAGCAUGGCUUCUUUGUGAACCCCUCUGACUCCGUUGCUGUCAUCGCUGCCAACAUUUUCAGUAUCCCUUACUUCCAGCAGACCGGGGUCCGUGGCUUUGCUCGCAGCAUGCCCACCAGCGGGGCUCUCGACAGGGUGGCCCACGCGACAAAGAUUGCUUUGUAUGAGACUCCUACUGGCUGGAAGUUCUUUGGAAACUUGAUGGAUGCGAACAAACUGUCUCUGUGUGGAGAGGAAAGUUUUGGUACUGGCUCCGACCACAUCCGUGAGAAGGAUGGGCUCUGGGCAGUCCUGGCCUGGCUGUCCAUCCUGGCUGCCCGCAAGCAGAGCGUGGAGGACAUCAUGAAGGAUCACUGGCAGAAGUAUGGCAGGAACUUCUUCACCAGAUACGACUAUGAGGAGGUGGAUGCAGAUGCAGCUGGUAAAAUGAUGAAGGAUUUGGAGACUGUGAUGUUUGACCGCUCCUUUGUGGGGAAGCAGUUAUCAGCUGGUGACAAAGUCUACACGGUUGAGAAAGCCGAUAACUUUGAGUACAACGAUCCCGUGGAUGGAAGCGUCUCCAGAAACCAGGGCUUGCGGCUCAUCUUCUCCGAUGGCUCUCGCAUCAUCUUCCGGCUGAGUGGCACCGGCAGCGCUGGAGCGACUGUGCGGCUCUACAUUGACAGCUAUGAGAAGGAUGCGAAGAAGAUCCACGAAGACCCGCAGGUCAUGCUGGCUCCUCUCAUUUCUAUUGCACUGAAACUCUCACAGCUUCAUGAAAGAACUGGCCGCACCGGUCCCACUGUUAUAACAUAAAGGCUCGUCCUGGCACCAAGGGAAAGAAGCCAGCCCGUCGCCUCUUUUAUUGUCGGGUCUGUCGCUAUAAAAGGAAUAUUAAUUUUAUCUGUGUAUUUAAGAACACUGCCCGCUACAGAUAGACAAUAAAAACCAGCUCCUGUCAACACUUUGUGUGCACAUUGCUGUGCUGCUUUUCUGCGUCACACAGCACUGCUGGCACGUUGGUAUGGUGCUCUUUAGCACAGCCUUUUGGGUUAGCAUAUGUACUUCUUUUUUCUUUGCUUAAACAAAAGGCUCUAGAAAUAACAAAGAACCCAACUCCCUGAAUUACUGAUGAAUGUAGUCUCCAUCUUGGACACUUUCCUGGAAAAGAAGCGCACUUUACCCUUGUUAAUAUGUUGUCUUUAAAAUUUGAUGUCUCUAAAUAAGCAAUGGACGUGCAUUAAUACUGAGUAUUUUUCACUUGUGGGUUUUUUCCCUUUCAAAGCAAAUUAUGUACAUUGCUCUCUGUUUGCCUUGCUAUCUGUAUAAGAAAAAAAAACACAACACACCCUCCCCCAAGAAAUAAGCAGUAACAGUCGUUGCAGGAUAUUAAAGUGGUAUGAGCUACAA